GAAAAAUAAAACCCUAGCGCCUUAGCUCCCAUAUAAUACCCUACUUCAGACCCGCAGUCCGCCUCAGUAUCGGUCCUGUGGCUUCUCACCUCAAUCCUAACUCCAAAUGGCUUCGGAGAGGAAACUGGCGAACCCAAUGAGGGACAUCAAAGUCCAGAAGCUCGUCCUCAACAUCUCCGUCGGUGAAAGCGGCGAUCGCCUCACCAGGGCUGCUAAGGUUUUGGAACAGUUGAGUGGCCAAAGUCCUGUGUUCUCAAAGGCAAGAUAUACCGUCCGGUCCUUUGCGAUCAGGCGUAAUGAGAAGAUUGCUUGCUAUGUCACUGUCAGGGGUGAAAAGGCAAUGCAGCUUCUUGAGAGUGGGUUGAAGGUUAAGGAAUAUGAGCUCUUGAGGAGGAACUUUAGUGAUACUGGUUGCUUUGGUUUUGGUAUUCAAGAGCACAUUGAUCUUGGAAUCAAGUAUGACCCUUCAACUGGUAUCUAUGGCAUGGACUUCUAUGUUGUUUUAGAACGCCCAGGGUAUCGUGUAGGUCGUCGCCGAAGAUGCAAGGCCCGUGUUGGACUCCACCACAGAGUUACUAAGGAUGAUGCAAUGAAGUGGUUCCAGGUCAAAUAUGAGGGAGUGAUCCUUAAUAAGGCCCAAAACAUUGUAGGUUAAUAGAGAGAUCCUUUACAUCCAUGAGCAUGUGUGUUGCUUCUUUUUAUUGGUGUCUGCAGGGUAGGCAUCAUAUCUUUAAUUAGAUGGGAUUUAUGAGUUGCUAGGACUAGAAAAUACCACUUGUGGUGGUUUUCAAUUUUCUUUUUUAUUAUUUUUUGUGGUUUUAAUUCUAGUUGCUUUUAGUAAUAGAUAAUAUGCUGGUUUGUGGCAUUUGAUACCGUUAUUUUGCUUUACACAGCUGUGCUCAUAAAUUAUCUUAAGGUUCUGUAAUGUUGGGGACCUACCCCUGGUUUGUCUUUGCAUCGUUAGCUUUAUAAUCAA